AGUAAAUUAAAACGGAUCUAAGUUUGCCGCAGACGAUCUAACGGAAAUCUAGCCAUGUUACGUAACUACUGGACCAAAUUGUGGGGCAGUAUUGUCUCCAGCGGUAUGUUCGCUUUGACAGAGGUCAAUAACUUGUCAAUCAGGCAUCCAUAUCAAUCAGCUGGAGCCUUGCUACUCAUCUCUGCGUUUGAAAAUCCUGCGAUGCUUCUGACACUACUGCAGCUCACGGGAACAACUACAAUGUUCUUGUGUUUUCUCCCGGCGCGGUUGAUUAUCUGGUGUUUUGGCUUCAGGAGUCGAGGAGUAGAAAAAGGUUCGUUUGCAUCCCAAUAUCAGUCCCAUUGCUACGGUGGUAAUGUGCCACGAGGCUCUGGGUUUGCGAAACUCCAAUCAUAUGGGGCUAUGCCGACAGCCACCCCGACGCUUAUCUCAUUGUUGUCAUAUACUGGAGCUGUGAUUAUCUUGGGUCGGGAGUGGUCGCGCUUGGCGAGGGCUUCGUAACAGUACUAGUGUGAAUUUGUGACCGGCCAACAUAGAGAUCGUAACACGCGGAGUACGUCGCGGUCCUUGCAUGGCCCAUAGGAUGCUGACUCUGAAUUGAUUCGAUCCUCAUUUACCUAAUACUCACAUUCUCCUUACCCCUGCGAUCGAGGCCAUAUGGAGGCUUGACUAGCUAAUUUGACUUUCCAGAAGAUGUCUUCGAAUGUGACAUGCGGCUGCCAAUCUGAUAUAAAUAUUUAGCUCAUUCCUGCUUUU